AUGCUUCAGGAUAAGGCAGAAUUAGUAUUAGACGGUUCUGUUGAUUUGAAGGGAAGACCUGCUGUACGAAAAAACACAGGAGGGUGGAGAGCUUGCUAUGUAAUCAUUGGGUAUGAAAUUUGUGAUAGAAUGGCUUUUGCUGGGAUUUGGGCAAAUUUAGUGGUGUAUCUGACUACCAAGCUGCAUGAGGGCACAGUCACUUCCUCCAGAAAUGCCACCAAUUGGACCGGCACUACAUGGCUUACACCUUUACUUGGGGCAUACAUUGCUGAUACAUAUUUGGGUCGUUUUUGGACAUUUGUAAUUUUUUCAUGCAUUUAUAUCCUGGGAAUGGGUAUUAUAACGUUAGCAGUUUCGAUGAAGUCUCUGAUACCGCCAACCUGCCCAUCAAAUGAAAGCUGUGAAAAGGCUUCUUCUCUGCAACUUGAGCUUUUUUAUUUUGCUUUAUAUGUUCUUGCUCUAGGCUCUGGAGGAACAAGACCAAAUAUCUCCACUAUUGGAGCAGAUCAGUUCGACGAUUUGCAUCCCAAGGAAAAAUUGCAGAAGUAUGCUUUUUUCAAUUGGUGGAUUUUUAUAGUUUUUAUUGGUAGUCUUUUUGGUCAGACAGUAAUAGUGUAUAUUCAGGACCAGAUCAGUUGGGGACUGGGAUUGUUAGACAAGGCUGCAGUUAAAAAUGGGGUAAGAUCAAAUCCAUGCACUGUGACAGAUGUAGAAGAAACAAAGCUGGUACUAAAAAUCCUUCCAAUUUGGCUGACAGUCGUCUUACCAAGUACGCUGUUUUCUCAAGCUGGUACACUCUUUCUGAAGCAGGCUAUGACUCUUGAUAGAAGUAUGGGCUCUAACUUCAAAAUCCCUGCAGCAAGUAUAGGUGUUUUUGUUCCCAUAGCAAUGCUACUAUCCCUAGCAACCUAUGAUCGUUUCUUAGUCCCUAUCUGCAGAAGAUUCACAGGAAAUCCCCGAGGCAUAACUAUACUUCAGAGGAUGGGAAUCGGCAUGAUAAUCUAUACCAUUGCAAUGAUGGCAGCCAUGAUAACAGAAAUUUAUAGGUUAAAGAUCAUUAAGAACCAUGGCCUUACUGAUAAUAGUAAGGCAAUUGUGCCUAGAAGCAUCUUCAUUCUACUUCCACAAUUUAUAAUAACAGGGGUCGCAGAAGCCUUUAUAGAAGUGGAGAAAUUGGAGUUCUUUUAUGGUCAAGCUCCUGAGAGUAUGCGAAGCUUGGGCACUGCUUUAUAUGUGACUGCCAUAGGAAUUGGGGCCUUCCUCAACAGUGUUCUCCUCACAAUUGUAAGCGACAUUACAGGGCGACAUGGCCAUAAAAGCUGGAUUUUAAAUAACCUGAAUGCAUCACGGCUAGAUUACUAUUACGUCUUCUUGGGUCUUCUUAAUUUUGUGAACUACUUGGUCUCCCUGAUUAUCUCUUCCAUGUAUACAUAUAAAAGAGAAACGAGUGAAGCUCUGGCCAGAAUAUCAUUCAAAAAGAAUGGAGAUGCCACUGAAAUUGGCGUUUAG